AUGGUCACUGAAGAUGGUUUUGUUGUUUGUUGCGAACAGCGCGACAAGUGCCUGUCAAAACGAUAUGAUCGAGCAGCACCUACCUACAUGUCUUCAACUACCAAAACUUCAAAGUCGCAAAUUUGGCACACAACAUCGUCCCGUGCGACUACGAAAUCUUUUGAAGGAUGUGCGCUACGUCAGAUUGAACAGAGGCUGCAAAAAGUUAGAGAAUUUAACAAAGAAAAACAGGAAAGAGCAGAAAAAAAUCAAAAGCGAAAGCAGAAAGAGUUUCGUCUAGAGCAAGAGAAAAGAAAAAGAAUAUUGAGUAAACUUAAACGUGACCGAGAGAAUAUACGGGCAAAAAUGGAGAGAGAAGAGAAAAUGAGAUGGAAACACCGGCUGAUAAACCAUGACGAGGAGGAGCGGAAAAAGAUAAAGUUGCUUGCUCAUUUAAAAUCAGUUGAAGAUGAACGCCGUCAGAGGUACGAAAUUCGAAAGCAGAAUGCACGAGAAGAAAAACCACAGAAGCUCUCAAAUUAAUGGUUUGAGUGCAGCUCGAAGAAACGUUUGCUGCUAUUCUCAAAGAAGUAAGACGAACACAAAUGCGCGAAGCAGAAAAAAGUCCAGUAAACUUCA